AUUAGUUAUAAGGCGUCCGCCGGCCAGGCAGGAGGUGUCUUCCAUCGCACGUGUGCGCGACGCGUCGCGUCACGCGAUUCGCGAUCUCCCGUGUGUGUGCAAUCCGCACAUACAGAGACAGUAAUCUUGCUUCUCCCUCGCUCGAUCCUUCCUCAGCCUCUGCAAGUCUCUAUUCUCGCCCGCCUGAAGGUGUGGCGUGUGUGAUACGGUAUCUCUGGAGCAGCGUUGCCGCGUCUCCUCCUUCUCCCUUUCCUUUCCUCUUCUCUUUUCGUCGCGCGGUGAAUGACGGCGAACGGGCGAGAGCGAGCGAGCGAGAAGGAGCGACAGCCGGAGUGCGCUGGGUUUAGAGGGUGAGAGGGAGGGAAAGAGAGCGAACGCGGCCGAUCGUUUCGCAGUGCGGCUGGCGGGAGGGAGGGAAGGGCGCCUCCCGUCCGCGCGUGGGUGUGCGUGCCCGUGGGAUGGAUACGCUGCCGCCGUAGCCGACUGACAGCGCGGUAGGACGUCAGGCAUACACACAACCUGUGCAACGGGCACGGUGGUGCGUCGUCUGGCUCGGUGGUGUUCCCUUCGCUUUCGCGCGAGUGAGUGCGACGAGUGCAAGCGUGCGUUCGACGGAGAGAAGCGCGUGACGCGCGUUACAGGAGACAAAUGACAGCGAGCAGGAGGUGAGGAUCGAUGUGACCGUGCCUGCUCGCCUGCCUGCCUCUGCCUGUGCCCGCUUGCCAUGGCUGAGGAAGAGCUGCUGGUCACCCUGAACCGCGGCGACACCGGCGGCGGCGCCGGGUUCGGCUUCUCGCUGCUCGGCAGCAACGCGGCCGGCGGCCUGCGCGGCCACCACGUCAUCUAUGACAUCGUCGAGAACUCGCCGGCGGCCCGGAGCGGCAAGGUCGAGGCCGGCGACGUUAUACUCAGGGUGAACGAAGUCGAUGUCAACCGAUUUAGUACGAAGGAAGUGCUAAAAUGCCUGCGGCUCUCCUCAGACCCUGUCACCCUGAAGUUGCGGAGAGAUCCUGCAGUAAAGGCACACGUUCGUCGCCUUUUGUCGCCUGGACAACCCACCAACGAAGAGGAGUCCACUACGGAAUCUUGCAAAGAAAAUCCUCCUGCGGCGAGCAAGGAUGAUAAGGAACUAGCGGAUGUAUCCUCCACAGACUCGCCGACGCCGGUGACGAUGACGACUGCGACGAGGAGCAACGGUUCAUGUAGUGAUGCGUCCGUCUCGUCGGAAUUAGAGGCGCUUCUGCCGGCUGUGGAUCACUUCAAAGAGGAGGAGAGAUCUCAAUGGGAGCCUCUCGGCACGAGUGGCGAGAAAUUCGCCCGGCAGAAGAACACACCUAGGUUCGAAGCGUAUAUGAUGACCGGCGACCUGAUGCUCAAUCUCUCUCGUACUCAACAGAGCAGCAAUCUGUUACCGAAGCAGCAGCAGCAACAGCAUCAGAAGAAAAUCGACUCCCUUAGGUACAAUCCCAACCACCACUCUUAUACCGUCACCACCACUACCACCCACCACAACCACCACCACCAUCAUCAUCACCAUCAGCACCACAACUCGGUGCCUAGCAGCCCCAACGACAAUACGUUGGCGCACCAUCAUCAUCAUCAUCACCACUAUCACCAACGCGCUACUUACAAGUCCUCUAGCUCGGCUAGCACGUCGCCUGUGGGCACUGGUAGACGCGACGGGGUGCAGGGUGCCCCAGGCUCGCACCAGAUUGACUCCAGCAACAAGAAUACCCCUUCGAGCUUCGGCUUCGUUCGAACUUCACGGUCGGAGGACCACUUGCAGUUCCAAAAAGACCCCUCUAUGAGCGCCGUGGAUAUCGACAUCGACGACGACGUCACUAGCAGCCUAAAUACUUUGCUGGACCCGCGGCCGGAGAUCGGUCUUAUGCCUAACGAAAGGAUCGUCUGGACGUAUAACGCGCCUGUCAGCUCGCCUGCCACCUCCUGCUGCCAAAAUGGCGGCUCUUCCUCCUCUUCUUCUUCUUCCUCUUCAUCCUCUUCAUCAACCAGUCCGCAGCGUUCGCUGUCCCCUGCUUCCCCCACCUCCGUCUCGUCCUCCGUCAUGUCCUCGAACUCUGGCUCGCGCAGGUUCCCACCGGCACAGACGAUUCCUGGAGUCUCCGGGGUUUCUGGUACCCCGGGUGGGCUUCUCCCGGCGAACGGUGACCUCAGCCAGUCGGAGGCUAUCAGCAACAUGUCAAGUCCGGACUAUAACGAUGAAGAGACCAUGGAUAUCCUCAGCGCAAGGGAUAUCAUGAUGGUGAGCGACCCUAGUGACAGCGACUCCACCAUUUUGGCGAGCGAACCACCCCAAAGGAGGCUGAAGACCAACAACCCCCAGGAUAGUAGCGGUGACCACAGAAUCGUGAUACAAGUGAAGGGUCCUGACAAGGAAACCGCCGCCGCGCCAAGAAACACAAGUCCCAGACAGGCGAGAAGACGCGGCAAUCCUGGAAAUGCAGAAUUCACGCCUCCUGCUGCGGCGCAGAAUUUGCAAAGAACGCAAACUGGGACAGUGCCGGGGGUCGCGACGGGGUCGAUGGUACCAGAACAUGUGGGCUAUCAGGAAUUGAAAGAGUGUGAAGACGAUAAAGAAGCCUUGAUGGGAAUCUGCGAUGAACAAAAAGGAGGACACGGAGGUGGCGGGGGCGGAGUAUCACCGCCGCAAUCGGCUGACGAAGAAAGCGACAUCGAGAGUCUGCACAGCUUCCACUACAGUCCGAAGGCGGUGGAUUUGCCAUCGGCCGUACGGCUGGCCAAACGUCUUUACUCCUUGGACGGUUUUAAGAAAUCCGACGUCUCCAGACAUCUUAGUAAAAACAACGACUUCAGCAGAGCCGUGGCCGAAGAAUAUUUACGUUACUUCAAUUUCGAGUGCGACACGCUAGAUGUUGCUCUCAGAAAGUUUCUUGCCCAAUUUUCACUCACGGGAGAGACCCAGGAGAGGGAACGAGUCUUGGUACAUUUCUCCAAGAGGUUUUUAGACUGUAAUCCCGGCACCUUCAAUUCUCAGGAUGCCGUUCACACUUUAACGUGUGCGAUAAUGUUGCUCAACACGGAUCUGCAUGGCCAGAACAUCGGCAGGAAAAUGUCAUGCUCGGAGUUCAUUGAGAACCUGUCGGAGCUUAACGACGGCGACAAUUUCCCACGGGAGGUGCUCAAACAGCUUUAUAACGCCAUCAAGUCCUUUCCUCUUGAAUGGGCUCUGGAUGAAGAGGGGGAUGAAACGACGGCUCAGGUGAUUCAGCAGGGUGACGGACCAGCAAUCGCUGGCACCGGAAAUCCAUUUCUCGACGUGCCAAAUGUCACGGGCGCUACGGAGUUUAAGAAAGGUUACGUUAUGCGAAAAUGCUGUUAUGAUUCCAACGGCAAAAAGACUCCGUUUGGCAAGCGCGGGUGGAAGAUGUAUUACUGCACGCUAAGGGAACUGGUGUUGUAUUUGCACAAGGAUGAGCACGGUUUCCGUAACGAUAGCUUGCACAAUGCGAUACGCAUCCAUCACGCGCUCGCCACCAAGGCGUCUGACUAUACAAAGAAGCAGCAUGUCUUCCGCUUGCAAACCGCCGAUCAGGCAGAGUACCUCUUCCAGACUAGUGACUCGAAGGAGUUACAAUCGUGGAUCGACACUAUCAACUUCGUAUGCGCGAGUUUUUCAUGCCAGCCUCUAGCCGGUGCUGUGGGCUCGCAACGCAAGUUCCAACGUCCGUUGCUGCCUUGUAGCCACACUAAACUGGAUUCCAGAGAGCAGUUGCGGGACCACGAGGACAGAGUCAACAGGUUGGAAGCGGAAUUGGACGAGCACAGGAGGCAUCCACCGGAGAGGAGUGCCAAAGCUCUCACUGUACAGAAUUAUAAGGAAAAGGACGCGUAUCUUCAUUACGAGUUGAAACGAUACAAGACGUAUGCUUACCUUCUGCGUUCUCGACUGGCGUUCAGCGAGGUGGAACCUUCCUCGCUGGCGGAGAGCAGCAUUGGCGAAGUAGAUGAGACUGGUGGCUUAGGUGGGCCUCUAGCAAACAUCACGGCAACAGAAAUGGGAGGCGGCGGCGGCAUUGGUGGCGUCGGCGGUAUUAGUGGCAGCCUCGUGCCACCGCCGGUCCCUGAACGACUCAACGCCAAUAGGUACAGUUACCGGGCUGCCAUUUACAGUCGUAAUCUGCUCAACGGCCAGCAACAGCAGCAGCAGGAGCAGCAUGCCUCAUCCGACAUUGGUUGACGCGUUAUGGGUGUGCUUUCAGCGUGUGUGGUCUAGUCUGACCCCGGUAGUGCUGGUGGUGUGGUGCUCUGGUGGUGGUGCUGAUGGUGGUGCUGGUGGUGGUGCUGUUAUCAGUUUGACGGUUGACGAUUGACGCAAACUAACGAUAUACACGGGUGGCGUAUUGCACUUGGAAACUGUAAUCCGUAGUUUUCUGUGUAUGUUCAUUUAUACAGUGGCGUAACUACCAAUAUAGAACGUAGAAGCUGGUUCUAGAGACCGUCUCCUUCUAGAUAUUCAUAAUACCUUCGAGCCAAUUUUUCUUUUUGUUAGGAAUUCUUUCGCUUCUUCUGAGUUUCUCUUGAUUGAUUUUUUUUCUGUUCUCUCUUUUAUUUCUUUUUUUUAUGGAACUUCAAACUUCCAUUUUUGCGCGUCUUGCAUUCAAAUUCUAUUACAUUUUCAAUUUAAAUUAAAUUAUAAUAACUGUUUUAUUUAAUUUAUGUUUACAUAUUACAUAAGUUUACUUUAUUAAUAGUAACUACGCCACUGACCACCACUUUGACCUUAUUGUAUCAUCUGUUUGAUAAUCGCGAUAGCUAUUAUGCCAUUUUACAUACUCUAAUGUGCACUGCAAUCCAUCUCAUUAAUUCAUUAAAUGAUCAAGAUCAAUGUCUUUAUUUAUUCGCGUGGUAUCUUUUUUUAUUUAACUUAUUAAUGGCAUAGUAUAGAUAUAUAGGAUACUUCUAAAUUUCUUUGACAAAUAUCUGGAGUGAAUUCUUUACGUCAUAAUAAAUGAAAAAUGUUGAAAUUUAUUUAUCAUAAUGUGAAAAGUUCACUUUAGAAGUUUGUCAAAGGGAUUUAGAAGCAUCCUGUAUUUAUUUAAAUCAUUAACGACUUCAUUACAUACGGCCAAUGAAGAACAAUGGAAUUUCCGAAUACAUGUAUUUUCUAUAGAUAUGUCGAUUAGAGUUUUGAAAAUUCAGGUAAGUCCAUUGUAAGCAUUUUGUCAAAUGAAGAGAGAAAAGCCUGAAUACUUUACUAAAUCUUGUGCACACUAAAAAAAUUUUUUAAGUUCUUUUUUCAAUAUUCUUGAUUUUUUGUUUAUAAUUUUAUUUUGGGAAACAGAAGCUAUUUUAUUUUGUAAAGUAUCAUAUCUCAUUACUGAAGAUACUAUAUAGAAAGAUAUUUAAAUUACUUUGUUUUGCUAUAUUGUUAGUUUGCGCCCAAAUUUUAGUGACAUUAUACAAAUUGAAAUAUCAGAUAUAUACUGAAUGAAAGAUAUGAGGGAGGUGUUGUUAAGACUGAAUAGAGAAAAGCAUGUGAGCUGUUUUGCGACUGCAAAAAAAAACGACGACCUACGAUCUUUUAAUUUUGACGCACUUAUUGAUUAGUAAACUUGUGAUAACAUGAUUUUAUAUUACACUCGAGUAAUGAUUCGUCUUUUGUUUAACGAUAUUUUAUUAGAUUUUGUAAACUCGAUAAUACUCAAAAAUAGUUAUUCCUUUUUGCGACAAAGAAUGUUAAUUAAAAAAUAGAUAAGUCUAAAAUAGGUCUAAUUAAGUACAUCUCACCAUAUUUUUAUUUAAAUAAAAUUUUUGUCUUCCUAAUUUUUACAUAAUAGUAAAGUUUAUUUUUUUUUAUUCGCAUCGACUGAAUUUAUGUAUGUAUAUACAUUUGUUAUAUUCCAUUUUGUAUUCAUACUAGAUAUUUAUUUUUGUAUGUGAACACUGAUUAUUUAAUUAAUUAAGUAAGUGUUAAAUGGACAAUUAACAUUCCUCGAAUGUUAGAAAAUUAAUAUCGAAAAAACAGAAUUUUGUUGUAAACCGAGUGAUUUUGUUAAUAACGAUUAGGACAAGAUUAAUAAAAAGUUGUCGAGGUCAUAGUGAUCUUUUGAAUUUAUAGAAA